GACGAGACAAUAGAGAGGAGAGAGAGAGAGAGAGAGAGAGAGAGGAAUAAAACCCUAACUUUCUCUCUCCAGCUCCAUCAACCCCAAUAUCGAGCUUGAGGUGGAAGGUGUUGAGCUUGAACUCCAUUGUAUGAAAUUGAAAUUGAGAGCUCAACCAUGGCGGAGCAAGGCGGAGGAGGUGGAGGAGGAGGAAGCAGGGGCGAGAAGAACAUGGCGGUGGCAUCGCCCACGAGCUCGCGAUCGGUGACAGAGACGGUGAACGGCUCCCACAAGUUCGUGAUCCAGGGGUACUCGCUGGCCAAGGGCAUGGGCGUGGGCAAGCACAUCGCCAGCGAUAAUUUCACGGUUGGAGGAUACCAAUGGGCCAUAUAUUUCUACCCAGAUGGCAAGAAUCCCGAGGACAAUUCUACAUAUGUUUCGGUUUUCAUUGCGCUGGCCAGCGAGGGCAACGAUGUUAGGGCCCUCUUCGAGCUCACGCUUCUCGAUCAGAGCGGCAAAGGCAAGCACAAGGUUCACAGCCAUUUCGAUCGGUCUCUGGAAAGCGGUCCUUAUACCUUGAAGUAUCGUGGUAGUAUGUGGGGAUACAAGCGCUUUUUCAGACGAGCUUUGCUUGAAACAUCAGACUUCCUCAAGGAUGAUUGCUUGAAAAUCAAUUGUACUGUUGGAGUUGUGGUUUCAGCAAUAGAUUGUUCAAGAUUACACUCAAUUCAGGUCCCAGAUUCUGAUAUUGGAGCACAUUUUGGUGUGCUGCUGGAAAAUAUGGAAGGUUCAGAUGUUGUUUUUGAUGUGGCUGGGGAAAAGUUUCAUGCGCAUAAGUUGGUAUUAGCUGCUCGGUCCCCUGUAUUUCGAAAUGAAUUUUUUGACAGAUUAGAGGAAGAUACACAAGAGGUUGUUAUUACAGAUCUGGAACCUAAGGUUUUUAAGGCUAUGCUACACUUUAUUUAUAGAGAUGCUCUUAUAGAAGAUGUAGAGAUGGUAGCAUCUAGUUCAACUUGUGCAUCUUCUGAAUCUGACACAUUAAUGGAGAAGUUGUUAGCUGCAGCAGACAAGUAUGGUUUGGCAAGACUCAGAAGGAUGUGUGAAUCUCAUAUCUGCAAAGAUAUAUCUGUGCACACUGUUGCCAAAACUCUAGCCCUGGCUGAUCGUUAUCAUGCGACAGAAUUAAAAGCUGUUUGCCUAAGAUUUGCUGCUGAGAACCUUGCUGCUGAACCAAGCCUGUUUGCCUGUUUUUGGCAUUUAGCUGUUAUGCGAUCAGAAGGCUUCAACUACCUCAAAGAAAAUUUCCCAGCAUUGCAGUCAGAGAUCCUGAAGACAGUGGCAGGUUGCGAGGAGGACUGUAGUAGUGGAGGUGGGAAAACCCGAAGUGUGUGGGCACAACUUUCAGAUGGUGGUGAUACCAAUGGCAGGAGGGUAAGGCAAAGGACCUGAUAUUGGACUCAAUAUAUCUGUUGUUUCUGUACAAUGGAGGUGAUGUAAAAAGGAAAACAGAGCAAAAAUGAAAAAGUAACGGACGUAUUUUUCUUCUGUUUGGAAACUUCGGCCUUGUCUUCCAUUGAUGACAUUGGCUCAAAAAAGAAAAAAAAAAUGAAAAAACCAAAGGUAGACAUUAAUUGUAGGUUUUGACCGGAAACUUGUACUAAAGCUGUGUUUGGUUUUAGCAUAAAAUAGGUUAGAUAAGGAGCCUGGUUGUUUGUAGCUGAUAACAAACCCUAACACUCCAACAUGGAGGAAAAUGGCUUUAUUGGUUUGUUUGUUUGUUGGUUGGUUGGUUGGUUAGUUUCUCUUUGUACGGGGAGAAAGGAGGGUUUUGAUGCUGUCUCCAACGAGAUUAGACCGGUAUCUUUCCUUAGGGUUGAAUUCUGCUGAUAAUACUUUGGGUAUGAAGUUGAUAAUCAUAUACUGUUGCAUUCCAUUUCUAGCCAA